UAAUUAAUCCCAACUCUUAUGUCUAUGAACGAUGAAUUAAGUGAUUUUACUCUUGAAAUUUGAAAGUGUCGUACAAAGUUUGAGCCAACUUGGUAACCGAAUUGAAUCCUAUCAUCGUCACCACUCUCACCAUGAAUUGAAAUAUUGAAUCCUUCGUGUGAAGGAUGAACCCUAACCCCUUUUCAUCUCAAUUAUUUUGAAUCUCAAAUUGGGACCAACACCCUUUGUUUUUUGGAUAGAAAUCACAUUCCAAAGAUUAUUGGGUACUUUUCCUCGAACGCAACAAUGGUAAUUUCUCAAACUCUUCUAUCCUGAAAAUACAAUAUGCCUUACAUCAUUGAAUUCAAUAUAUUUAUACUUAAAACUAUAUUUUUUUUAAUGGGAAAUGUUAAUCGGUGACCCGAGGCAAUGGUUAAAGAAAUAAAAGUAGUAAUAUAUAAUCUUGAAAACAGUGCUUUCAAUGCCUUAAAAUUUUAAUAAAGAAUUUUUUCUACUUAAAACUUUUGUUUUUGUUUCCAUUCUUGUUUCCUUAACCAUUCCCCGGGCACCGUUUAGCAUGACCUUCUAAUUUAACGAAGUUACAUUAGUUUGAGUUUCAAGAUUCUCUAUGUUAAGAAAUCUCAUGUCGGUUGUGAGUGUCUGUGUCUGGUUAUGUGAGUGUCUGGAUAAAGUAGAGGCAAUUCUCACCUUACAAGUCGGUUUUGUAAGGAUGAGUAACUCAUAUCCAGGCACUCUCACAAUCGAUGUGAGACUUCUUAACACUCUCAAUGGACCUACCUAGCUAUGAUUCUUGUAAACAUACAUAGAUACAUAUAUACACUAACUAACAUAGUUUGUUUUGAUAAUUCGUGUAUGUACUCUCUAUUUGAAUAUGAAUAUAUCUUAUCUAAAGGGAAGAAAACAAACAAAGUCUACUCGCCGAAAACUGACUGGCGCGUGCACGGAGCCAGAUAGAAUUAGUUGCUUACCAGGUCACAUAAUAGACAGGAUUCUGUCACAUUUGCCAAUUAAGGAAGCAGUGAGAACAAGUGUAUUAUCCAGCAAAUGGAUGAACAAAUGGUACACAAUACCAAAUCUCGUGUUUGAUAGAAAAUGUAUCUCUGCCAUAGCUUCUGAAGACCCUUUAGUUUUUGAGAGCAAGUAUUUGAAAAUUGUUGAUCAUGUACUUUUACUUCAUACUGGGCCAAUCAACAUGUUCAAGUUCUCUGAUUGCGGUCGUGAUUUCAUUAGUGAGAGUGUUGUGACUGAUAUUGCUCGGUGGAUUCGUCAUCUAAUCGGAAGGUCUAUUAAAGAGCUUGUGUUGGAAGUUGUUAUAGAGGAACGCUAUAAGUUUAAGUUACCUCGGUGCUUAUUCUCUUGUCAAAGUUUACAACGUAUAAAAUUAUAUUCUGGUUGGCUUAAACCUCCAACAACGUUUAAAGGCUUUAGGAACCUAAAAAUUCUUGAGCUAUAUCACAUUACAAUAACUCAAAAUGCUUUGGAAAACUUGAUAUCAAGCUGCCCUAUACUUGAACAUUUGACAUUGAUAGGUCUUGACGAUCUAACUGAAAUUAAAAUUCAUGCACCAAAUCUGAAGAUUCUUGGCAUCCUCGGUGAAUUUGUGGAUUUUAGCUUUGAGAACACUUUUCAAUUAACCGAGUUAAGUUUGUUGUUUCACUCUCAAAGAAAUCAAAGUAGAUUGAGUGGAUGCUCAAGCAAUUUGCUCAAAUUUUCUGCUCAUCUACCUCACAUACAACACCUUGACAUUAGUAGCGGUUUUUUGAAGGUAAAAUGUUCAAGCAUUUCAACGUUGAAUUUCAAUGAACUGCAAUCUGAUUUGGAGUCAUUCUUUUGUUUUGUUCAGUAUUUGGCUGCAGGUGUUGUGCCAGUAAUGCUUCCUACACCAUGUAUCAAUUUAAGAUUUCUUUUCAUGUGCAUAAGGUUCAAUGACAUGAAUGAAGUUUUGGCUGCUCUUUGUUUGCUUAGAAGCUCGCCUAAUCUUCAAAAAUUAGAAAUAAUUGCAGAGCAUGGGAAGCAAACUAUCCUGCCAACACCCGACUCCUAUUGUUGGGAAGAAAUCUUUUCGGGGCCAGCCGUUCCCAUCUCCGUUCGACAUGUGAAUAUAGAGGGUAUCUCUGGCAUCAAAUUCGAAUUAGAUUUUAUCAGAUUUCUACUUAUGUAUUCUUCUGUGCUAGAAAAAAUGAUUGUGAAGCCUGGUUUAAACGUCAGACCUGAGUUGAUGACAGAACUAAUCCGGUUCAAGAGAGCAUCGGGACAAGCUGAAGUUAUUUACAAUGGGGAAGACUCUGUUAAUUACGGUGGGGAAGACUUUCCGUAAUGUUUUAUAUCCUCCUCAAAUAUUUCUUUUUGUUUAUCUAGUACAAGUGUUAGAUUUUAAUUAUAUUCCUCUUAUACAUUGUGAUAGGCAUUAUCUAGGUCAUGAUCCUUAAGGAUUCUACAGUCAACCAAAACUUUUCAUCAGAUAUACUUCAUUAUAUAUAUCUGUAAUGCUUAAAGGGGAUUAGCAUAGAUUAGCAUUCUAACAUGCCUCUUUAACAUUCUGCUGUCAACGUGAUCAUCUUUAACAUGCUUCUCAUCAUUGGUAACCUUAGUGACAGUACUAUGGUUUCAUCAUGCAUGAUUGGAGAUUGCCAGAUGACCUAUUUUAAAAACUUUUUUAAUUUUAAAAUAACACAUCAUCAAACUUAAUGUUUGGAUAUUUUAAAAUAAACUGAGCGAAGCAAAAUGGAAUGGAGUGGAUUUCAUUCCGUUGUUUGGAUACUCUAUGUUUAAAUAGAAUAUUAUUUCUAUUCUAUUUUUUGAAAACUGGGCGGAGCAGAAUAGGUUAUAAAUUUUAUCUUUUCGAAAAAAUACUAUUAUUAUGUAAAAUAUAUUAAUCGCGUUCUAUUCUAUUUUCUCUUUGGGUGUUAUGAAUAAAAAUUGCAUGGUUGGGCCUCUUGAGUUCUAAAAGGAUGACCUUCUAGUGGUAAUCACUUCAUUUUGCUUUCCUUAUAACAAUCAUCUUGUUAUUGCUAUUGUUGAUUAGCAAAUUUAAUCCAAUAUAUUAAAGCACACAUGUUUAUUAAUACAUGGAAUAACAUAUAGUUAUAAUUUCAUAAAAUUUGAAAAAAUGAGAAAACAAAAAUAAAUUGAAACAUAAGGAAUAUAGUUAAAGAGACGGUGAAAAUUAGGAGGAGGAAGUGAUUGAGAGGAUGCUUCUGAUGAAAACCGUCAAGCAGACAAAAUGCUGAAAUAAAAGUUAAACAAAUUAGUAGGAACAAUAAAAUAACAUUAAAGUAAUCAAUAAAAAAUAUCUAUAGUUUAGAGUUUUAAAAUUUGAAUUUUUUUUUAUAAGAUAUAAGAACAUAACACGUACCAAAGAUUAUGAUUAUGCAAAAGCAAAAAAAACCCUUUGGUAUGGAGUUGUUGAAGAAAUCAGCAACGGGACGGACGAAAACAACAACGGAAACAACAACAAUGGUGACAAGUAAGUGAAAGAUGAUGGUAGAGUAAACUUUCCGAAUGAAGGAUAAUCUCUCCACGUCCACGUCUCCUUCUACAGCCAUUUUCACUAUGCAACUGCAACUUCAAUGCUGCUGCAGAGGACGAAGGUUUGUAAGAGAAUAUCUUGUUGAAUUCAAAGAUAUUGGUUAUGGUUAUAUAAAUGCCUCAAUAUAUUUUUUUCUUAACAAAAUCCACUAAGGAUUCAAAUUUCUAAUCAAAUCUUUUAAGGGUUAUUAUGUAUCAAGUUUGUUAAAAUCAUUGGUAAAUUUGAGGGUAUUAGCUUUGACAACACUCCUCAAUUGGCUAAGCUAGUUGUUGAUCAAACUAGUCAAAGUAAAUCGCAUGGAUGCUCUAGCAAUUUGGUCAAGUUUUUCGAUCAGCUACCCAACAUUGAGAUGCUACUGAUUAUUUCCUAUUUUAUAAAGUAUUUGUUUGCAGAUGCUGUGCCAGUAAAGCUUCCUACACCCUGUAUCAAUCUAACAACUCUUUUGCAUAAGCAUAAACUUUAACGACUUGAAGGAAAUUUUGGCCAUUCUUUGCUUGCUCAAUAGCUCGCCUAAUCUUCAAAGAUUCGGAAUCUAUGCACGACUCGAAGAGCUCGCUGACCAUUUAUCGCCUGUCUCAAAUUGCAACUUGUAAAGAUACAAGACAUAUCAGG